AUGCUUGCGUCAAAGUCUGUCUUUCCGCGCGUCGCCCGCUGCGCCGCUCUGCCCGCCGCCCUCAAGCCUUUCCACAGCUCCCGUGUGCUCUCCCACAAGGAAUCCAGCUCCAACGAUGACGUCGACAAGCACAAGCUCGACCUCUUGCGCAAGCACAAGGACGGCAGCGCGCACUGGAAGCGCGAGCUCGCGUCUGAUAGCGAAGAGGCUGUCAAGGCGGACAAGGGCUAUGGCGCGUCCAAGGAGACGCUUGAGCAGCUGCAGGAGAGGACCAAGAAGAUGGCCGAGGAGAGCAGCCGGAGCGGGACGAGUAGUCACGAGGGCAUGUAA